AGUGAGGCGCAGGCGCAGAGCAGAGGCUGCUGGGAGCGCGCGGCGGGGCGGAAGUGGCCGCCUGCCCGGUCCGGCCCUACGCAGGUAGGCGGCAGCCCGCGGGCUCCGGAGCCAGGCUCUCAGUGGGUCCUGUCCAGCGUGCAGUCUGAUGCCCAUCCAGCCCUUUGACCAGCGGGAAUGGAAUGAGCCUAUGCACUCCCUCCGGAUCAGUAUAGGGGGCCUUCCUGUGCUGGCAUCCAUGACCAAGGCCACGGACCCUCGCUUCCGUCCCCGCUGGCGGGUGAUUCUGACGUCAUUUGUGGGUGCCGCCCUCCUCUGGCUGCUGUACUCCCACCAUCAGGCCCCAGUACUGGGAAGGCCCCCCACCCACAACGCACACAAUUGGCGGCUCGGCCAACAGCAUGUCUCUCAUUACAAUGACACUUACCCCCUGACACCCCCACAGAGGACUCCUGGUGGGCUCCGGUACCGAAUUGCAGUCAUCGCUGACUUGGACACGGGCUCCAGGGCCCAGGAGGAAAACACUUGGUUUAGUUACCUUAAGAAAGGCUACCUGACCCUGUCUGACAGCGGGGACAGAGUCAGUGUGGAGUGGGAUAAAGACCAUGGGGUCCUGGAGUCCCACCUGGCUGAAAAGGGGCGGGGCAUGGAGCUCUCGGACCUGAUCGUCUUCAAUGGGAAACUCUACUCUGUGGAUGACCGCACCGGGGUCAUCUACCAGAUCGAAGGUACCAAAGCAGUGCCCUGGGUCAUCCUUUCCGAUGGCGAUGGAACUGUGGAGAAGGGCUUCAAAGCUGAAUGGCUUGCUGUGAAGGACGAGCACCUGUAUGUGGGUGGCCUGGGCAAGGAGUGGACCACCACGACAGGGGAGGUGAUGAACGAGAACCCCGAGUGGGUGAAGGUGGUGGGCCACAGGGGCAGUGUGGACCACGAGAACUGGGUGUCCAGCUACAACGCCCUUAGAGCUGCCGCGGGGAUCCGACCACCAGGCUACCUCAUUCACGAGUCUGCCUGCUGGAGCGACACACUGCAGCGCUGGUUCUUCCUGCCUCGGCGAGCUAGUCACGAGCGCUACAGCGAGAGGGACGAUGAGCGAAAGGGCAGCAACCUCCUGCUGAGCGCAGCCCAGGACUUCAGGGACAUCUCUGUGAGGCAAGUGGGGACGCUGGUCCCCACCCACGGCUUCUCAUCCUUCAAGUUCAUCCCCAACACGGAUGACCAGAUCAUCGUGGCUCUCAAAUCGGAAGAGGACAACGGCCGGAUCGCCACCUACGUCAUGGCCUUCACGCUGGACGGCCGCUUCCUGCUUCCAGAGACCAAGAUCGGCACCGUGAAGUACGAAGGAAUCGAAUUCAUCUAGAUGAGUAAGCUCGCACGCCCAGCGGGGCGAGGGCCAGCGGCUGCACUGCACCAGGACUCAGUUUCAUAAAAACCGGGAGCGCUUCCACUCGUUUUGCUUUUUCCUUUUUUUAACGAAGAGCUAUGUGCCUGGCCAGAGAGUUUCAGAAUAGCGAGCUGAGCCCCGGCCCAUCUGGGCGUGCUGCUGGGAGACUAGGAGCAAGGGGUCCUGUAGGAACCCCGGGUGCUCCGCCGCCCACGUGCUCGCUCAGCACUGCCACCUGGUGGUAGGGAAUGAUCACUGCUGCAGGUACCUUUUGAGCUCUGGCCUUCAGAAUCCAGCCAUGCCUUUCCUCUGGCCUUUUCCAUGAGUUCUCUGUGCAGUGUGUGCUUUUGAAGCAGCCAGGUGUUAAACCCUAGCUUAACCCUGGGAGCACAAGACAGUCUGAGGUAGGCCUGCCAGGCAGGCACCCGGACGCCCCCGCUUCUCACGUGACCCUGGCAUUCCACGCUCUGAGUCCCUGGAAAGUGAAUGUUUACAUGGCAGGGUGAGGGCCCACCCCCGGGAGACCCCUGCCCACACUCUGAAGCUGCUCAAGCACAGGAUUACAGGCAAGCUGUUCACAACUUCAUUUCUCCCCUCAGGAGGAUUUUGCUCUGUGCAGCCUUUUAAAGUCUGAAUUAUUAACUUAUUUUUAUUAAAGCAAUUUCUUUUCCUGAAUACCAGAGUCACCAAACUUCAUCAUACAGAAAGGUGGAGUUCCCACAUGUACUUCCGGGAGUGAGGGAAUUGUCCCCACAGCCACAACGGCGACAUUAGUUUUUACAGAAAGGGUCUCAGAAUCCUUGGCCUCUGCCUCUGGUAGCUUCCACAGCUGCCAUGCUUUCUCCUCUCAGUAGUGGCUGACUAGAGCCCUGCCCUCAAUGGCUCCUGGAGGUGUUUAGCAACCUUCUCUCCGGGGAGCCUCACUGUUUUCUGCUGUCCUGUGCUGUCCAUGUUCAAGAGAGCAGAGUCAGUCAGACUCAGGUUGUUCUGUAGGUAGCAGCACCUUAGCUGCCUACAACACCCUUAGAACAUGACCAUCGCAGACCCCGUCCACAGGAAGCUAGGAGAGCCACUGCCAGUGGGGCAGUCCGGCAGGCUGUUACUGACUUGUAGGAACUCAGCCAAACCUUGAUGUGUGUCAACUGUGUUAGGUUGUGUGAUUCUGAACUGAAAGACAAAAUGAGAGGGGUUGAGAGACCUGGGGCCCUUUGCUGGGGAGCCUUCCAUACGCCUUCCUUCCCUAAUGUGAGCAAUGAUUGUGUCUCUCUGUUUGUUUUGUAAACAAUAAAGUAUCAGGGGAAUGUG